AUGUCGGAAGCACCUGAAGGAGAUUGUGAAACGAAGCCAUUCAAAUUUGUGACCGGCUUCGAUGCUCGUUUUCCGAACCAAAAUCAGACAAAACACUGCUGGCAAAAUUAUGUUGAUUAUCAAAAAUGUAUACUAGCCAGGGGCGAAGAAUUCGCGCCAUGUCGUCAAUUCUAUCAUGCAUUCCGCUCCUUAUGUCCACUUGCCUGGACUCAAAGAUGGGAUGAACAACGUGAAAACGGCACUUUUCCCGUUAUUUUGGAUCGAUAA